AUGUUCAGCAGGUUUAAACAGUUUCUAGGGGCUCCAGAGCCUCCGCCUGCCUCAGCUCCAGCAGCCAAGGCUCCUGCUGCUCCUGCUCCUGCUCCUGCUCCUGCUCCUCCUGCUGCUGCUCCUGCUCCUGCUCCUGCUCCUGCUCCUGCUGCGGCUCCUUCCAAUCCAGAGGCGGCUGAGGGUGAAAAUGCCCCUCCUCCAUCGCCUCCGCCUGUUGUCUACUCCCGCUACGCAGACGACAUACUUAGAGAUCUGAGCAAGAGAUUGAGAGAGCGGACAGAGAUGCUCCGGGAGAAAGCCAUCGAUCCUUAUGCCACUUCUCCAGAAAUCACCCCGCCCGUCACACCUAUUCUGAGGAAGGAGGACUACAUCCGAAUAAAGGAGGAGGAGCGGAUAGCGAAGGAAGAAGCGGACAAAAAGAAGGCAGAGGAGGCGGCUAAAAAGGCGGAGGAGAAGAAGAAGAAGGAUGAGGAGAAAAGGCUGGAGGCCGAGAAGAAGGCGGAGGAGGAGAGGCUGGCGGAGGAGGCCAGGAAGAAGGCAAAGAUCCUCCCGGACAUCAGCUGCUCGUGCUUUGACGUCCUCUUCCACCCAAUCGAAAAAAUGAUGGAUUCAGUCGUGGGGACCACCAUAGAUCCUUUCACAGAUCGUCGCUACAUCGCCUGGCUGGCUGUGGUAGCAGUGGCAUACAACUACAACAUUUGGUUUUGCUCUGCCCGGUUGGCGUUCCCUUACCACAAUGAAACCGCCAACCGCUUCUGGAUCUUUUUUGACUUUCUCAGUGACCUAGUGAACGUGAUCGACAUCAUCAUAUGGCAGCCCAGACUUCAGUUUGUGAAAGCUGGCGACAUCAUAAAAGACCAAGGAAUGACAAAGGUUCACUAUCGGAAAUCACAACGAUUCAAGAUUGAUUUAUUCAGCAUCCUUCCCUUCGACCUUCUCUGCCUUCACUUUGAAUUCUCCGCCAUCUACAGAGUCAACCGCUUCAUCAGGAUCGAUUCCUUUUUUGAAUUUAGCGAUCGACUUGAGAGCAUCAUGGCCAAGGCUUACAUCUGGAGAGUGGCUCGCACCACGGGCUACCUGCUCUUUGUGCUCCAUCUCAACGCCUGUGUGUUCUACGUGGCCUCGGUGCACCAGGGUCUCGCAUCCACCACGUGGGUGUACGACGGAAAUGGCUCGGCGUACCUGCGUUGUUACUAUUUCGCUGUCCGAAGUCUGAUCAACAUUGGGGGUCUCCCGGAGCCCGUAACCCUCUUUGAGAUCAUGUUUCAGAUGACCAACUUUUUCAUCGGAGUCUUUGUGUUCUCCAGUUUGAUUGGACAGAUGAGAGACGUCAUCGGGGCGGCAACAGCAGGACAGACGUACUUUCGGGCAUCAAUGGACGGCUGCGUUGCCUACAUGAACACUUACACGAUCUCCAAGCUAGUCCAGAACAGAGUCCGGACCUGGUACAACUACACGUGGGCCGCACAGGGCAUGCUGGAUGAGUCGGAGCUGCUGGACAAGAUGCCCCUGGUGAUGCGAACUGCCAUCGCUGUGGACGUGAACCUGGCCACUUUUCAGAAGAUUGCACUGUUUCAGGGCUGUGACCAGCAGAUGCUGGUGGACAUGUUGCUGAGGCUCAAGUCGAUCAUCUAUCUGCCCGGAGACUUUGUUGUGAAGAAAGGCGACAUCGGUAAAGAGAUGUACAUCAUCAAAAGUGGAGCGGUGCAGGUGGUGGGAGGACCCGACAACAGCAUUGUGUUCGUCACUCUGAAGGCUGGAUGUGUGUUCGGGGAAAUCAGUUUACUGCAAUCUGCUAAAGAUGGCGGAAACAGGCGCACUGCCAACGUAAAAGCACACGGCUUUGCAAACCUCUUCGUCCUGGAGAAGAAAGACCUGUUUGACAUCCUCGUCCACUACCCAGAGUCUCAGAAAGUGCUGGCCAGGAAGGGAAGGAAACUGCUCAAAGCCAAAGGCCCUGUAGCUGCUAAAACCAACGAGGAGAAGCAGAAAGGUCUGACGCUGUUUGGAACCAAACCACAGACGCCCAAGAUGCUGAGAGCCUUGCGUGCGGGAGGCUUCCUGGACAAACUCAAGGUAUCAUCACACACACACAGCGCUAGUUUGUGUUGCUGUUAUGCAGCCUUUACUAAGGACACAGUGAUGACUUGACGAGUGUCCUGUUUUAUUUUUUUCCUUCUCUGUCUACAGAAAAAUGCAUCAGAGAACAAAUGAGAAGUUUCAAGUGCAAAGCUUCCGAAUGUCACUCUUUCAAAUCUCUAUCAUUCUUACCAGCUACUCAUUGACCGAUUGUGAAGCCAAAGUGAUUCAAUUUUUAGCACACCAGAGAGAUGUAGCGAAACUUGGCCACAGAACUGAAACAGGAUAUCAGGAGUUAAAAUCCUAGUUUGAUCCCCCUUGUAAACUUUUGCAGACUCUUGAGUAGAGAACAAAAUGUCUGUUUAAAUACUGACCAGUGUCAGUAGCCACAUCUCACAGUUAACAUGUGUGUACAUUGUGCCACACAUUUUUUUUAAAAUAAAGUUAAAACCAAGUUUUAAUUCUAAAGGCUGAGCUCUUUAAUACCAGUUCUAGUCAUUUUAGAGAAAAAGAAUGAGAGCGUUGGUCUGCGCAGAUAAGCAGCGCCCCCUGCUGUCUGACGUGGAUAGUGCAUUGUUUUCAACCGUUUGAGUUGCCUUGCCAGCAGGUGGGUGGCAUCUGCAAGUAGCAAAACUAACAUCCCACAGGAUGGCCUCCACUAGUAGUGGUCAGGUUUUCAAAAAACAGAGAAGCUUAAAGACAAGGGCGCAGUGCCCUGAGGAUCUUCUUUCAUUGAAUCCAAAAUUCCUUCUCUCCAACAAACUUUUUGCAAUUUCCUCUUACCUUCUUCCUAGCGACUUUGUACUUUGCUAAAAAAUGGCUUUUAUUUCCUGCUCCAUUCUGUGAUAUUCAACACUCCCUCCCAGUGAGGUGCUAUCCUUGGUCACCACCUAUCCCCUUAUCAAUAACUCUCUGACAACUGCUUACUUUCCCAACUCUUUUAAAGAAACCCACCUGAUGUAAAAAUGACUUACAGACCUGGUUGAAUGCACUUAUUGUAAGUCGCUUUUGACUUAAUCUGCAGGAUGUCUCUCUCUAAUCUCUGAUGCUUAUGAAAUUUAACAAAGACAGGAAGUAAUUUUAAACCGUAACAACUGAGUAGCAUGAAGCUCUGACAGCGCAAGGCCACUUCAUAGAAUAACAUUGUCGCUCAUUUAAAAAAACACAGCUGCAUAACGUGAUGCAUAGCAAAUAAGAAUUGGGGAAAAUAAGUCAUAUACACUAUUUACUUUUCUUCCCAUGCACAAAGCUGCAAUUGGACAUUUUAUCUCAAUAUGCAGAUAAUUGGCGACAAACAUGACCUUUUGAUUGAGAACAGUUGAGAGACUUGUAUCAAACCCUCCCACUGCUCUGUGCAUUUUCUGCUCUUCCAAGAGUCUGUUGAAAGUCAGGUAGUCUGUUGGAUACUUGGCCUGUUUGUCGCACUGGAAGUCUCUGUCUCCACAGCAGACCUGUGCAGGAACGGUUCUUUAGCUCUGGAGAUUCCAGAAGAUCAUCUGUCUGUCCUCUCCCCCUGUGAUCACUGUGCUGCACAAAUCGUUCAUCCACAUUGCGGUGACGGCACCUAGGUAAAGGAGAAUCAUUUUAAUUUGACAUGUUACAUAUACUGAUGAGCUUCAUUUCUAUAAGGGCACAAAAUACAACAAGUAGAGUAACAACUCAGGUAUGUCAUCACAGUGCACUGAUCUGCAUUCAGAAGAAGUACAGUAUGAUAAUAAUGGAUUGUUUUCUUGUAUCGAUGCUGAUGGAGAAGUAGCAACACCCACCACAGACAGGCUGUGAACUCAUGUAGUCUUAUAUAUUUUGGCUCAAUGGUAUCAACAUGUUACACUUACAUAAAAGCUUAAUUUUAACAAAUGACACCUACAGACUUUUAAGAAGGUAAGUAGCUGGAUCAUAGCUGUACCUGAGUGUGCAGGGAUCCUCUUGGUGACUGUGCUGCUGAGCAGGUCCCACAGCAGGAGGUCACCUGACUGUCCCCCACACAACGCCGAGUUCCCGUCCCAACAGAAACACCUGGAGACACAGACACUCUGCUUAGUCUUUUGGCAAAGCAGACAGGCUUUUUGAAGGGCUGACACUUUAACACGAGUCAAUUAAAAGCUAUAGAAAGUCGUGUAAUGAUUAAUAUUCAUGACAAAUUUCCUCAGUCAUGUGAUCUCACCUCUGCUCCUCCUCAGCUUUCACAGUUGAGAUCACCAUUCCUGUCUGAACAUCAAUAACCUUCAUGCAGAAGUCGGCACCGACGCUGAGAAUGUGUCUGCUGUCUGAGGAUGCAAACAAUGUGGUCUUUACUUCAAAGUGGGUAGUAGGUAACCUGGGGAUUUUACUGUCAGUUUUUGGCUUGUAAAACAGGCUCAGUGCUACUUAGUUUGUUGCUUUUAGAGAUGAAGUGUUGUUUUCCAGGACAGUCCAAAAGUUAAAGUGGAUAUUCAUACCCCAGCUUAUUGCCAGUAAAGGCCCAUAUGACUCACACAGAACAACUAAUUAAAUAGCUGCCAACCCCUGAAGGCAGAAUGUUUAAGUGCUUUGUAGGUACAAAAUAAUCCGGUGCUUUAAGAACAAUGCAAACGCAGUUACUGGGUUUUGUAUGCACCUUCUUUCCCUCCAACUGAAGUGCUGAUUCUGAUGAAAUCAAAGACGCCCAUUUACUGAGCUGCUAACGUUCCAAAGUGAUCAAAGGAGCUGGCAGCGGUGGGAUUACUAUUUAAGUGGGGGUCUGCCUCUAUCAUCCUACCCUCUCUUCGGGUCCGACAGUGUAGAUUACACGGUCUGACCUACAGAACUGAUUCACAUCAGACUGAACUCGAAGAAGAGUCAGCUGCCAGAAUAUGAUCCGUCACGUACCAGGGCUAAAAGCUGCGUGGUGGAUGGUUCCAGCGUGGCAGUGGACUUGCUGCAGUGUUUCGUAGCUGCUGGUGUCCCAGAUGGUGAUGGCCCCGUCUUUACAGCCGGACACCAGCAGAGUCCCGGCAGGACUAAGACCAGCAGUGUUUACCUGAUCACGGGGGACACAAAUUAGUGGUCAUGUUCAGUGUUUUUGUGUGACAUUAUCCAAUACUACAUAUUUUUCUUUAAGCAACAAAGUAUAUAACAUUGCAACACAGCAUCACCAUAACACUAUACUGAGCUGGACUUACAACUAUGACUGUUCGAUUUAUUUGUUAGCAUUUAUCUUCAUAUUUAUACACCACUUCACCAGUGCUAUAGUUAACAUUUGUGUUAUUCCUGCAAUAAUCUUUUAUGUGCAAUGUCUCCUCUAUUCUUGAUACUUCCAGUACUGUAUAUUUUUAUGUCCCAUUUCCUCAGUAUGAUGCAAGUCAAUUCAAAGGAGAUCAUCCAUUUUUGUUUAAUUUGUUAAAUACCCACACAUUUAACACAGGCUGAACCUCCUCACUCACCCCUGUAUCAUGUUCCAACUCAGCCAGCAGCUGACACUGGGAUCUCUUGUGACUGGAGGAGCCGUCAGACGCACACUGCCACACCUGAGAGCACAACAACACAAUUCACUGUGCCUCACUUAGACGACAAUAUAACACAUGCGCCACUUAGGGAACCUGUAUGCAGGAGGCACAUGGAAAUAUUUUAAAGGAGGAAUACAAAUUUACACAUGGGUUCAGCAGCUGUCCAAAUGUUGAAUUCAUCUCACUGAAACUCUCCACUGCUCUAUUCAUGGCGGGAGAACCCCCACCUGCUGAUGCUAUGUACUUUUAAACAGUUUAAUACAAGGAACAAAGCAGCUGCCCAACAGUUGAUCAGUGGAUUUAAAAAACUGCCAUUUAAGAUGUCAAUAGUAGCAUUGCCUCAUAAGACAAUUUGUUUCUUACCUUGACUGUGGAAUCCCAUGACGCCGUGUACAGUCGGUCAUCAAACCAACACAUUUCGCUGACUGCAUCGUCAUGACCCAUCAGAGUGUCCUGCCGCCUGCCGUACGGGACGGAGUAGAAGUAACUAGAGGACAGGAAUAUUUUUUGUCAGCAGGAAAAUCUUUCUUCUUUUUUUUAAUGCUGCAUCAAAUAAGCACAUAUGAUACUGUACAUACACAUUGUUGUCCCAUGAAGAACAUGCAACUGUUUUACCAUCUGCCAGCAUCAAACAUGAUGACAAGGCCUGAAAAACAAUCGUCCAUAGAGUCAGAGCAGAUCACAAGGAGGAACACAGGGAGAGAUGGUGAACAGGGAAGUAAAGCGGAGCUGUGUACCAUGUUGGAGAAGGACAUGCUUCUCUGGAACUCCUUGAGCUCCUUGGAGAACAUCUUGAGGGUUGAGUCUGGAAUGAAGAGUGAAACUGGCGAGUGAUACAGACAACAGCUGUACUGGCGAAUCGGAAUAUCUCAGGUAACACUAACUGCAGUUGUGGGAACUAAAAUACACCAUUAAUCCUCUAACCUAAAUAAAAGUCAGUGUCUGCCUUCUGAGCCUCUUCAAUGAUCUGCAUUGGUCUCUUUAUAAAAUUUUUGAUAUUUUCAGACCUUGGGAUGUGGAGAAAAUAGCUGCUCCGUCUCGGGUCACGGCGAUGCCCGUCACAGCCCUGCACGUUCGCCAGAACAUGUGGAAGGGAGGAUGAUUUUUAGGUUCAUGCAGCAGUUGCACUAUUGCAAUUAGCAGAAACAAAACUGAGCCAAGGUUGCAGAUACAAAGGGCGUUUGAAAUGUGAGAUGGCUUUUUUUUUCUAAACUGAAGUAGCUUCACAGCAGUUUCCUGUCCUCAACAAUACAUUUCAAUGUGUUACUAUUUUUAAAACGCUAGGCAAGUGUGAAGCCGCUGCAUCUUUGCUUUGCAUGCACUUCCUCAUAUUAGACCCGUACUAGCAAUGCUACUGUAUUCAUACUCUGUUAUAACUGCAGCGAACUACACAUCCUCUCACUUACUCUUUAUGGAUCUUGUGGCUGGAGACCCGUGUCAGGUUGCUCAUGUUUGCCCAGGCCAACUUCCUGCUCUCAUCUGUCAGGUCCUCGAAGGACGAGUCCUCGCUCUGAGAGACUGGGAAACAACACAGAGGUCACUUUUUUCUACCAGCACUUUCCACAUAUUAGAAUUAGCAAGAACUCCAGCUCUCUAGAACACAAUGUUUUGUAACUCACCUGGAGACAGCUCACUGACUGGCGAGUUGAUGCUGGAGCUCCGAGUGAUGUUGUGAAACCGGGGCGUAAUCCUCUGAGGGUGAGGGGUGCAGAAAAGCUGUGUGGGCGUCUGGCCAAACUCCAGAAUCUGUGUCAGCAUUGCGAUUCUCUCGUCGGGAUCCUCGAUACUUUGCAAGGGAGAUAAUGAGGCGACAAGUUUGGUAAACGGUGUAAAAGAAAAAUUGGGUAAAGUAACUCUUGAGGGAUUUCCGCCAAUACCUAUCACAGUCGAUGCCACCUUCAUAGGUCAGAGGGUGAAAUACUGAAAGACAACGAGACAGAUGUGAGUUGAUGCCAAGUGUUGGUUGGGUGUUGAUGUCGAUUAGCUGCCGGUUAUUUUACCAUUAUGAGCUGCCACCGCUUCACUGCCUCUCUGUUUGAAGCCGAACACCAGGUCAAUCCACUCGUGAAGGUGCUCCGACACAUACUGGCUCUCCAGUGCUGUCCUGUGCCUCUGAAGAAAAUCACUGGCAUCUGGAUUUAUGACAAAGAGGACACGAUGAAUAUGCUGCAGCAGCACACACCAAAAAAUAAUGGUUAACUCAUUAAUAAUCAACAGCAGCAUCAGGUGGAUGCUGGCCAGGGGAGUUCGACCCAGAGCGUACGACAUCUGGUUUCUUGAUCAGAUUAUCAACAGGAAGUUACCUGAGGCCCACGGUGGGAGUACAACAUCACACACUAAGCUUCCGUUCUGCCUCCUGCCCAAAUCCAGGCUCAUCUUGUUUUCCAGGAAGCUGAAGUCGUUCCCAUAAAACUCUGGAAUCAGCUACAUGUCGGAGAAAAAUACAAACAUAUCUCAUGUAUUCUACCUGUUAGUUUAAAGCUCAUCUCUACCUGAAGUCAUCUGGCAGAUCUUUCAGUUUGGCUUUAAAUCUUCAGAUACAAGUGAAACUCAUCUCAUCUGGUUCUGUCACAGAGAAGCCAACUGUCCAGAUGCAGUGCCACCAAAAGGUACAAUACUAUCAGAUUUUAUGGAGUUCUCUCAAAAACUGUCGAGCUAUUGACAUUUUAUACAUUAAACAGAAAGUUGAAUCUAAUGCAAAAUUCUUAAAGGUCAGAAGGUGAUGUUUCUCUGGUGUCCCACAGUGAUGAUACCGAAUCGGAUUGUUGCAGCUCGUGUAUCAGUCAUCAGAAGGUUUGUCUCUAAAAAACACAGUUGCAUUGACAGUGCCUUCAUCCUGCCUGGUGUUUUUUUUCUCUUUCAGAUUAUAUUACAGUGGAAAUGUUUCAAAGGGCAAAUCUUUGCUGAAUCUGACUAUUUUACCUCUUUGAAGUCAGUCGCUCCCUCUAAGCAGUUUUUCCAUGUUUCACCAAUGCUGGAAGGAAACAAGACAUGUCAGUUGAUAAAUAAAUGUUCGGUUGUUCAGUUCAUCACCAAUAAAUGGAGUAAAAUGUGA